AUAAAUUUUUCCAGUGAUCCGCAAUUUAGUUUCAGACUCCUAAUACAUUUCCUCCUCCACCAUCUGGGGUGGAAUAUAUAUAAUCAUAUACAAAAAAGUAUACAAGUUAUAUAUAUUCUUCAGGUUUAAAAUCGUUUUAAGCCUGCCCAUCAUGGUGAGGAGGAACGCAUCGGGAGAAGAAUGCGGUGACGAUCACCGCUCUGAUCAGACGGCUUCGAUGCAGGAAGAGGCUUUUAAGAACACAGAAGUACCACAUUGGAGAAAUCAACUGACGUUUCGGGCUAUUGCUGUUAGCUUUGGUCUGAGCUUGGUUUUUAAUGUCAUUGUCUGUAAGCUGAAUCUGACAACUGGUGUUAUUCCUUCGUUGAAUGUGGCUGCGGGGUUGUUGGGGUACGCCUUGAUCAAGUCCUGGACUGCAAUAUCGGAGAAGUGUGGAUUCUUGAAGCAGCCUUUUACGCGACAGGAGAAUACUGUUGUUCAGACCUGUGUUGUUGCGUCGUCUGGGAUUGCGUUUAGCAGUGGUACUGCAAGUUAUUUAUUGGGAAUGAGUAAGACUAUAGCUGCCCAGGCUGAUGCAGGGAACACCCCAAACAACGUCAAGGCGCUCUCCCUUGGCUGGAUUAUGGGCUACCUCUUCCUCGUUAGCUUUGUUGGUCUGUUCACGAUUGUGCCUCUACGAAAGAUGAUGAUCUUGAAGUAUAAACUAACGUAUCCCAGUGGAACUGCGACUGCCUACCUGAUCAACAGUUUCCACACUCCUAAAGGAGCAAAGCAAGCAAAGAAACAAGUUCAUUCGCUCUUCAAGUGGUCUGGGGCUAGCUUUGCUUGGGCAUGCUUUCAGUGGUUCUGGACAGCUGCAGAUAAUUGUGGAUUUACUAGCUUUCCUACCUUUGGUCUCAAAGCUUAUGCUAAGAAGUUUUAUUUUGAUUUUUCAGCCACAUAUAUUGGUGUUGGUAUGAUAUGUCCUUAUAUGGUCAAUAUAUCAUUGUUGAUUGGAGGUAUACUCUCAUGGGGUAUAAUGUGGCCGGCUAUUGAAGCUAAGAAAGGCGACUGGUAUAAAGCUGAUUUACCAGCAAGCAGCCUCCAUGGCAUUCAAGGAUACAGGGUGUUCAUAGCUAUAUCAAUGAUGCUUGGUGAUGGACUUUUUCAUGUUGUCUACAUGCUUACUUCAACCAUCAUUAGUUUUGCAAAGAAGCAAGCAUCUUCCGAGGCCUCGGAAGCAGAUGACAACUUAGACCAACAGAGAAGAAAAGAGUAUUUCUUGAAAGAUCAAAUUCCAAAUGCAGUUGCUGUAGGUGGUUAUUUGGGUUUGGCACUCUUAUCUAUCAUUGUGGUGCCACAUAUAUUUCCUCAGUUAAAAUGGUACCACAUAGCCGUCGCUUACUUGAUAGCCCCCGUCUUGGCCUUCUGCAAUGCCUAUGGUUGUGGUCUCAGUGACUGGUCUCUAGCCUCCAACUACGGAAAACUUGCUAUCCUAAUAUUCAGUUCUUGGGUUGGGCUUAAUGACGGUGGUGUCCUUGCUGGUCUAGCUUCAUGCGGAUUAAUGAUGAGCAUUGUUUCAACAGCCUCUGACCUUAUGCAGGACUUCAAGACAGGCUACCUCACUUUAUCAUCACCUCGUGCUAUGUUCUUCAGCCAAAUUCUUGGAACUGCCAUGGGAUGCUUUAUAACCCCUCUGGUAUUCUGGAUCUUCUACAAAGCCUUCAGUGUAGGUGAUCCCGAGGGCUCAUAUCCAGCGCCAUACGGCUUGAUGUACCGUGGUAUUGCCCUUCUUGGAGUAGAAGGCUUCUCAUCUCUCCCAAAGAACUGUCUUAACCUUGCUAUUGGCUUCUUCAUAGCUGCCAUAGUAAUAAACAUCAUCGUCGAGUUGUUGAGGAAGUUUGAAACCAAGUACAGGCUCUAUAGGUUCAUUCCUAGUCCAAUGUGCAUGGCAAUCCCAUUCUAUCUGGGAGCAUACUUUGCCAUAGACAUGUGCGUCGGAAGCUUGAUCCUCUUCAUCUGGGAAUUGAAAGACAAGAAAGAGGCCAGGGCUUAUGCACCAGCUGUGGCAUCUGGUAUGAUCUGUGGUGAUUCACUCUGGGGUAUUCCUGCAGCUAUUUUGGCUUUGGCUGGUUUAAAGCCUCCUGUGUGCAUGAGGUUCUUAUCAGCUGCUGCCAAUGCAAGAGUGGACAAACUAUUGGGAAGCUAAAGAUAGAGUCUGAAUAAUUCAACAGUUGCUUCUGCAUUCUUUAAGAUGUAUAUAUAUUAAUGCACUGUGUUUAAAGCUAAAGCUAAAGAUCCUUCUCUUUUCUCUAAAGUUCUAGUACUAGCAGAUGGUUCAAGUUCAAAAAUUGGAAACAGUUUAUUCUAGCCAUUUUAAUUAAUCAAAUACAUAUAUAAAUGGACUUUUAAUUAUCA